AUGGUCGCAACAUUCAUCGAUAUCAAUCCCCGGACCCCGCUGUCGAAGCAGCUCAAAGAGAAACCGGAGGAGUCGACAGCUGCGUUGACGGCAUACUACGACUUACCCGAGUUCAAAGAAACUCUUGUGAACUAUCCGGAUGGAACGGAAGCUCGGAUCGCCCUCUACCGAAACCAGCACAUCGAUGGGAUUUGCCUUGGUUAG